GGGGCCUCACCAACGUGGCCGAAUCUUCCCAUCUCCACUGCCAUGCCAUGCUUUUGCUGCCCAAAGCUGCGGUGGAAAGAAAUGCUCCUCGUGCCGACGGAGGUCGGUGGUCCUUGCUCGGGUAUUUCGGUUCCGAACAGCUGGAUCAGCUGGGGCGGACCAGUGGACAAAGAGAGUCCUUAAUCAAAGAAGGCGCCAGAGGUGGUGACUUUCUGCUCUUCCAUCACAGCGGAAGCUCCUUCGCCUCCACCUAUUCCGUGGUCCACAAGAUUGGCGAAGGUGGCUUCGGGAAAGUCUUCGCUGCGACCCAUCGGACCACGGGCAUCAUGCGUGCCGUGAAGCGGCUCCGCAAGGUGCCUGGCAGACAGGAGUUGCAUAAGAACGAGCUCAAUGCGCUCUUAGGGCUCGACCAUCCGCACAUCGUGAAGCUCUUGGAGUACUAUGAUGAAGAGGAAUAUCUCUACUUGGUCUUCGAGCUUUGUGAAGGCCUGGACCUCCUGGAGACCAUCCGCCGGUCAAAGGCUGGCAGGCUUGGUCAACUGGAGGCUUCGGUGGUGCUGCGGCACAUGCUCAAGGCAUUGCAGUGCUGCCACGCACAGUAUAGGGGGCAUUAUGACAUAAAGCCCGAAAACUUCAUGUUUAAACGUGAGACGAAUGGGGAUAUCGCUCAUGCAAAUCUGAAGAUGGUUGACUUGGGCCUCAGCAGCUGUUUUGAUAUGCAUCGCGAGAAUCGCAUUUCUGGAACCACGGCCUACAUGGCGCCCGAGUUCUGGAGCGGCAUCUACGGCCCUGAAGGUGAUGUUUGGAGCUGUGGUGUGGUGCUCUUCGUCAUGCUGACAGGAACGCCUUUGCUGGAUGACAUUUCGCCCGCCACGGUCAAGCGUGAAAUCCUGGUGAGGCACUUGCUGCGUGAUAGGAUCACGAGUGCUGCAGAAGAGUACAACCUUUCUGCCAGCGCACUGGACCUCUUGAUGCAGAUGCUUCAGCAUGACCGUCAUGCACGUCCCACGAUCAAGGAGGCGCUCAAGCAUCGAUUCAAUCAUGAUGUCUAUGAGCUGGAGAAGGCGAUGCCUUGCCCUGAGCGCUUGCAGGCAAUGGAGCUCCUGCGGCAGCUGCCAGAGCUGGUCCGAGUGGUGCGGAAGGAGCCCAUGCUGAAGCGUGUGGCACGCUUGGCCAUGGUCCACGUCAGUGAAGUGGAAGAGGCCACCUGUUUGGCCUUCCGGAUGCUAGACACACACGGCUAUGGGGAGUUGUCCAUCUCAGCCUUGGAGGAGAACGACACGAUUUGUCGCCAGACCGUGCCUGACCUGGAUGCCUUGUUUGAAGCCAUGGACCUGAAUCGCGAUGGCUACAUCAGCUACAGGGCCUUCCUGGCGGUGACUUUGCCGGAAGAUGUUCGCUGCAACGCCAGCAACCUCCAGGUGACCUUCAAUGUUUUAGAUGCUGACAAGGACGGCUUGAUUGGGCAAGCAGACUUGGCCGAGGUUUUUGGGCACGUGCCGGAUAGUGAAGUUUGCAGCCUCACCAUUCGAGAGGUUUCAAAAGAAGAGACGAUCUCUUGGGAUGCCUUCGUGGCGUUAGUGGCGCCUGAGUUAGUGGUGGCCAAAGCGUUGUUACACCACUGCUUGCAUUUGGAUCCUGCGGAUCCCUGACCCCCAAGCCCAUUUGGACCGAGCGGUCGGAGAGACCGGUCCGGUCCGGAGUCUUGUGGAGUCG